AUGUGCUGCAAGAGAGAUUUGGCAGCCCUUCGAGUGAAGUUGAUCCACCGGAAGCCCUCGUGGGCAGUCUUUGUCCGCCGGCUGCCGCAGAGACAGAGCGUGAGUGAAUCGGAGCAAGUCAUAUAUAAAAGUGUUCAUCCUCCCCAACUCACCGUCCGGUCUGUUUUCUUCGAAGCAGACUAUAUACAAAAGAAGUACGACUUCCCCGCUCUUCCCAAAAAGAAAGGAUUCGCUAUCUUGGUCCUCUACAACAAGACAAGGCUCGACAGCACGGCAACCAUGCAGCACAUCGACGGGGCACUCAUCACCCACGACCUCCCGGCCCGCAUGGCAUACCUGCAGUCGUUCCUCCAGUGGGAUCCGGAGAAGGACGGACCUCUCAUCGAAGCGUGCAAACCGGUUCUGGCGCCGUUGCUGAACGGCAUCGUCGAUGCCGUCUACGAACAUCUGCUCAAGUACGACAUCACCGCCGCCACGUUCGCGCCCGCACAGUCCGCCGACGGCGCAUCGGUCGACGUACGCGAGCUCAACAUCGACCACGCAAACAUCAAAUUCAGAAAGGAUUUCCUCAAGGGAUACCUGGUCAGAUUGGUGUCCAACCACGACUGGACGCCCGGGAGCAAGUUCUGGGACUACAUCGACAAAGUCGGCAAGGCGCACACGGGCUCGAUGGAUUCCGGGCUGAAGCACAGGAAGAACAAACCCCCUCUGUUCGUCGAGUAUCGCGACAUAAACCUACUGCUGGGGUGGGUCGAGAAUGCCGUCACCGACAUUGUCAUGGGCGUCGAGGCCCUCGACGUCAAGACCAAGGUCGACAUCUUGAAAGCCCUGAACAAAUACUGGUGGCUUCAAAACGACCUUUUUGCGAGACACUACGUCAACGAUUUGUCAGAAGUGACGCCAUCCUAA